UCCUGUAAUGCCAGGGAGUCAUUCAGUGGAAAGAUUUGUAAUAGAAGAGAAUCUUCACUGCAUCGUUAAGUCCCACUGGAAGGAAAGGAAGACUUGUGCUGCACAGCUAGUGAGUUAUCCUGGGAAGAACAAGAUCCCCUUGAACUACCACAUAGUUGAGGUGAUCUUUGCAGAGCUGUUUCAACUUCCAGCACCCCCUCACAUUGAUGUGAUGUACACAACACUUCUCAUUGAACUGUGUAAACUUCAGCCUGGCUCACUACCCCAAGUUCUUGCACAGGCAACUGAAAUGUUAUACAUGCGUUUGGACACAAUGAAUACUACAUGCGUAGACAGGUUUAUUAAUUGGUUUUCCCAUCAUCUAAGUAACUUCCAGUUUCGUUGGAGCUGGGAAGAUUGGUCAGAUUGUCUUACUCAAGAUCUAGAAAGUCCCAAACCAAAGUUUGUAAGAGAAGUUCUAGAAAAAUGUAUGAGGUUGUCUUACCAUCAGCGUAUAUUAGAUAUUGUCCCUCCUACCUUCUCAGCUCUAUAUCCUGCAAACCCAACCUGCAUUUACAAGUAUGGAGAUGAAAGUAGCAACUCUCUUCCUGGACAUUCGGUUGCCCUCUGUUUAGCUGUUGCCUUUAAAAGUAAAGCAACCAAUGAUGAAAUCUUCAGCAUUCUGAAAGAUGUACCAAAUCCUAACCAGGAUGACGAUGAUGAUGAAGGAUUCAGCUUUAACCCAUUGAAAAUAGAGGUCUUUGUACAGACUCUGCUACACUUAGCAGCCAAGUCAUUCAGCCACUCCUUCAGUGCUCUUGCAAAGUUUCAUGAAGUCUUCAAAACCCUAGCUGAAAGUGAUGAAGGAAAAUUACACGUUCUAAGAGUCAUGUUUGAGGUCUGGCGGAACCAUCCACAGAUGAUUGCUGUACUAGUAGAUAAGAUGAUUCGUACACAGAUUGUUGAUUGUGCUGCAGUAGCAAAUUGGAUCUUCUCUUCAGAACUAUCUCGUGACUUUACUAGAUUGUUUGUUUGGGAAAUCUUGCACUCCACAAUUCGUAAGAUGAACAAACACGUUCUUAAGAUCCAGAAGGAGCUAGAAGAGGCUAAAGAAAAACUCGCAAGGCAACAUAAACGGCGGAGUGAUGAUGAUGACAGAAGCAGUGACAGGAAAGAUGGGGCUCUUGAGGAACAAAUAGAAAGACUGCAGGAGAAAGUGGAAUCUGCUCAGAGUGAACAAAAGAAUCUCUUCCUUGUCAUAUUUCAGCGUUUUAUCAUGAUCUUGACUGAGCACUUGGUACGAUGUGAAACUGACGGGACCAGUGUAUUAACACCGUGGUAUAAGAACUGUAUAGAGAGGCUCCAGCAGAUCUUCCUACAGCAUCACCAAAUAAUCCAGCAGUACAUGGUGACCCUGGAGAACCUGCUCUUCACUGCUGAAUUAGACCCUCAUAUCCUGGCUGUGUUCCAGCAGUUCUGUGCCCUGCAGGCCUAAGGGUCAUUUUUUUUUCCCCUCCUGUCAAGAUUUUUUUUAAGAUCUCAAAAUAAUGUCUUAU